GGCAGGACUGUCCCUGGAUGUGUGUUUCACACAGGUUGUCUUUAGAUCUGGUUUACUUUGGUGACCUGAUGCCUUGCUGCCUUUAGCAAAAUGCAGUUACUCUUGGGAAUAUCAAUUAGGGUCCUCCAUUACACUAUUUAGAAUGUCUUCUAAAUGUUACCUUAAAAAUUCAGCAGCUUAUCAACAGGCAAAAUGGGAAAAUCUAGAGAUGUGAGGUUUUGUGUUUUUAUUUUUAUUGUGCUUUAGGUGAAAGUUUACAGUUCAAGUUAAUUUCUCAUACAAAAAUUUAUGCACAUAUUGUUUUGUGACAUUAGUUGCAAUCUCCACGAUGUGACAGCACACUCUCCCUUUCUGCUCCGAGUUCCCUGUGUCCAUUCAACCAGUUCCUGUCCCUUCUUGCCUUCUCAUCCUGCCUCUGGGCAGGAGCUGCCCAUUUGGUCCUGAUGCUUCUUCUUGAUGGUAGUGCAGUACCCGCAUUCUCUGUGGGAUUGGCUUUUUUAAGCCUAGCAGGAUGGCAAAACUGACCAAUCCCCUUGGUAGGCUACAGUCACCUUAUUUGCGUAGUCACUGUCCACUCCCUGCAAGAGUUUUUACGUACCUUAUUUGUAUAGUCCCAGCCAAUCAUUUUCUGGGAAUUAAGAAACUAUGGCUAGAAAGGCCAUAUCACAGCAAUUCACUGCACUGCAGUCUACUUCUGAGAUUUCUAGAAUCAUGGAAUAUGUGGAAAGAAUGUAGCUUAACCCCCUCAUUGAGAGAAAAUACACGUCUAAAGCCACAUAAUGAGUGGGGUAUAAAGACCAAAAUGAAUUUAGAAGAAUGGAUUGGUGAUGUGGAGCUUGCCCUAAUCUAGCUAAAAAAAGGAGGGGGACUAACAUUUAUUGAGUGACUGACUUUGGGUACAUUUACUUAACUUCUUUGAGCCUUGAUUUCCUCAACUGCAAAAUAAUAGCUGUCACUUGUAUAAUCUUGAAGGUCCCUGUAUGGCACAAACAGUUUAUGCUCAGCUAAUAACCAAAAGGUUGGCAGUUCAAAUCCACCCAUUGGUGCCACGGAAUAUCUGGUGAUCUACUUCCAUAAGAUAACAGCCAUUGAAAACCCUGUGGAGUGCAUUUGUACUCUGAAGCACGCGGGAUCAUCAAGAGUCGGGUUAGACUCAAUGCCAAAGAGUAUAUAAUAUUGGCUAUGUACUAGGAAUUAUUCUAAGCACUUCAUAUGGUUACUCAUUUAAUCCUUGUUACAGCCAUGUGGUGUGGGAAUAAUAGAUUCUAUUAUAUCCACAUUUUUCAGAUACAUAGGAAGGUUUCAUAACUCAGCUGCAGUCAUACACAGCUAGUGUGUUAGUUUUCAGUUGGUGCAUUACAAAUUAUAAAUUGCCACGCCUUAAAGCAACAUGCAUUUAUUAAGUCACAGUUUUGUGGGUCAGGAGUCUGGGCACAGUUUACCUGGGUCCUCUGCUCAGGGCCUCACCAGACUAUAAUCAGCGGGUUAACUGGAGCCAUCAUCUCAUUUGAGACUCAGGGUCCUCUUCCAAGCUCAACUGGUUGUUAGAAUUAAUUUCAUUGUAGCUGUAUAUCUCAUGGUGAUUUGCUUCUCCAACGCCAGCAGGAGAGUGUCUUCCUCUUUUAAAGGGCUCAACUGAUUAGAGACUGUAAUACAUAUAUAAAACCUCUUCAUCUUUGCCAUAUAACAUAACAUUAUUAUGGGAGUAAUUUCCCAUCACUUUUGCCAUAUUCUGUUGAUUAAAUACAAGCUUUAGCUUCUGCCCACACUCAAAGGAAAGGGAUUAUAUAAAGCUGUGGGUACAUACAAGAGGUGGGAGUCACAGGGACCAUCUUGGAUUUCUGCCUACCAAGCCAAUACAUGCUAAACUUAGUUUAAACCCAGACUGUCUGGCUACCGAGUCCGUGCUCUUAAUCACUAUGAUAUUCUUUAUCCCUUUGAUGAAAGUAAACCUACUUUAUAACCUUAUAUAGAGUUCAAAGUAAGAUAACACCCCAGCACACCCACGUUGGGUGCUAGUCAAAUAUUAAUUCCAUUCCUACCUCUACUUUUAGAAGUCUGCUUCAAGAAGCCAAAACCACCUGCAGUUUUAUUUUUUCCGGAAGAGGUUUCCAACAGUCUCUAAAAAUUCAGGUUGAAAUAUAUAAAUUAUUUUUAUUUGUUCAUUUUCUUCUGAGGCAGAAAUAACCCUGAGCUUUGGGAUUUGAGACUUGGGUUCUAACGCUAGCUCUGCUUUUUCCCUUUGAAACAGAUGCGGUGAUUGAGAAGAAUCAGUGAACACCUUCAUUUGUAGACAGGAAAACAUGGAUCAGCCAUUUACUGUGAAUUCUCUGAAAAAGUUGGCUGCUAUGCCUGAUCACACAGAUGUUUCCUUAAGUCCGGAAGAGCGAGUUCGCGCCCUCAGCAAGCUUGGUUGUAAUAUUACAAUCAGUGAAGAUAUCACACCGCGCCGCUACUUUAGAUCUGGAGUAGAAAUGGAGAGGAUGGCGUCUGUGUAUUUGGAAGAAGGAAAUUUGGAAAAUGCGUUUGUUCUUUAUAAUAAAUUUAUAACCUUGUUUGUAGAAAAGCUUCCCAGCCAUCGAGAUUACCAGCAAUGUGCAGUACCAGAAAAGCAGGAUAUUAUGAAGAAACUGAAGGAGAUUGCAUUCCCAAGGACAGAUGAAUUGAAAAAGGACCUUUUAAAGAAAUAUAACGUAGAAUACCAAGAAUAUUUGCAAAGCAAAAACAAAUACAAAGCAGAAAUUCUUAAAAAACUGGAGCAUCAGAGGUUGAUAGAGGCGGAAAGGAAGCGGAUUGCUCAGAUGCGCCAGCAGCAACUAGAAUGCCAGCAGUUUCUGUUUUUCGAAGAUCAACUGAAGAAGCAAGAAUUAGCCCGAGGUCAGAUUCGCCGUCAGGAAACCCCAGCGCUGUCUGAGCAGAUUGAUGGGAGUGCUUUGUCCUGCUUUUCCACACACCAGAACAACCCCUUGCUGAAUGUAUUUGUGGAGGAACCUAAUAAAAGUGAUGCAACCAGUUACGCCAGCCACUCUCCUCCCGUAAACAGGGCCUUAAAGCCAGCUGCUACUCUAAGUGCUGUUCAGACGGUUGAAGGACUGAGGUGCGUAGUCUUACCGAGAGAUCUUUGCCACAAAUUUCUGCUGCUGGCAGAGUCUAAUACAGUAAGAGGAAUAGAAACCUGUGGAAUACUCUGUGGAAAACUGACACAUAAUGAAUUUACUAUUACCCACGUAAUAGUGCCAAAGCAGUCUGCGGGACCAGACUACUGCGACAUGGAGUGUGUAGAAGAACUAUUCAGUGUUCAGGAUCAGCACGACCUCCUCACUCUGGGAUGGAUCCAUACACAUCCCACCCAAACUGCAUUCUUAUCCAGCGUUGAUCUUCACACACACUGUUCCUAUCAGCUCAUGUUGCCAGAGGCUAUUGCCAUUGUUUGCUCACCAAAGCAUAAGGACACUGGCAUCUUCAGGCUCACCAAUGCUGGCAUGCUUGAAGUUUCGGCUUGUAAAAAGAAGGGAUUUCAUCCACACACCAAGGACCCCAGGCUGUUCAGUAUAUGCAAACAUGUGUUGGUAAAAGACAUAAAGAUAAUUGUGUUGGAUCUCAGGUGAUCUGAAGACUAGCGCCAUCAGCUCCAGACACCUUCCUGUGGAUAUGUGGUUGCCGGAUUUUCUUAAGAUGUUUCCAGAAAUGACUGAUAUUUUAUAUUUAUACAUUUUAGAUUGAAGGUUUGAUAUUUAUUGUUCUUGUACAUUUUGAAGUUUUUUUUUGGGGGAGCGGUUGCCUUGUCUCAAGAGAGGUCACAAAGUUGUUAAAUCAGUACCUAUUAGUGUACCCAAAUACUAUGACCUGGUAAUAAAUUGUUGCAAACAACAGUCUGUCCAGUAUUUAUAGAAGCCUUUGCAUAUGAUUUUUAGAACGUUAGGUGUUUCCCUGUAAUUUUUUUUUUUUUCACUCAUGUAAAAUAUAAUUCCAAAGAAAGAAAUUCGUAGGAGUUCAUCUCUAAGACGGGUCAUCUAUUCCUGCAACAUUUCCCUACAGUAGAAGGUGAGCAGCUUCGCCACUUGAAAAGAACCAUGGGUGCCGACGAUAGAGACCAUCUGUGUUUUCAGUUUCAUCCAGUCCCAGCAUCCAAGAUAGGUUUGCAGUGAAUCAUGGCAUCGAAUACUAGAGCAACGAGCUUCUGCUUCAGGAUGAGGUCAGAGGGACUGGGGUAGCCGAUGACUCAUCCACUUGAUUAAGAGGACUAAACGCAGAGAAGCUUGAGAGUGGGAAAGAAGAAGGAUCAGAUAAAAAUGCAAAGCCCGUUACUGUGAAGGUCGACAAGGGUGACAGAAGACAUAUGGCAGAGGAAAUAACAGAAAAUUCUCAGCCAAAAAGAACAAAUAAAAGAAAUAAUGUGGAAAGAGUACUUGUGGUUAAAAAUAUGUGCAUAUAAACUAAUGCUCGGGGAAUAGGAAAGAAAAAACUAAAGAUGAAAUUGAACAGGGUAACAUAAGUACAAUGUAUGUACGUUAUGGUAUUUCUCAGGCUUGGUAGGAUGGGACUGCGGCUGGUAUCUAGGUAAUAAAAGCAUUUACCUAGAUCAAAAGAUACAGAUUAAAUAGAAGGAAUGAGAGAGGUAUGUUCUGUCUUAGCAAAUUGGAUAGGUAGGAAAAACCUGAAGGUGGAAACAUAUUGGAAAAAAAUUAGCUACAAAUAUAAGUAGAGAAGACAGAAGUAAUAUUGUUAAAGGAGCAAAAUCUAACCUGCCCAGCUUGAAGACAGGUAUGGAUGAUGCCUUCUAUGUGACAACCUGUAGCAAACUGCCAGCAAGGUGACGUGAAACAGUGAUGGGGGAGGCUUUCAGUAUCCUAUCGCCUGCUGGACACAACACCUCAACUACAUCCAGGUCCAGGAUACACCCUUGAUUUGCCUUACUGCUUGUUUAAUUUCCCUGUAGAGGGUUUGUUGAAUGUCAACCAAUAAGGAAAAGCAAAUGGACGCUGAAUUGAGAGAAACUUUGGAGGAAAGUGAACAUAUUGUCUGAGAGAUGUAUAUAAAUAAGGGAAUUCUAUUUGCAAAUCAACAGUUCCAGUGAUCCUAUAGUGGAUACCUUUAACAGAGAUUAAUGACUAAAACCCAUAGGGAAGUCCUAAGAAAUCCAAAUGCAUACUAUGGUACCACAGAUGUGCCCAGUGAAGUGAGCACAGAAUAGGCAUCAGAGAAACCAGCAAACUUGCUGAUCUGCCCUAGUUUCAAAGGAGCCUGUAUAAAAGCUGGGUGCUAGGCACUGAGUCCAAGAACAAUUCUGAGAGAGAGAGAGAAAAAUUGGCAACUAGCAAAGAACA